AUGGGUUAUCUCCUGUCCAUAUAAACUUAGUACUACGCCCUGCCAUGUUGUUCAACCAGAAUCGGGUCGGGUAACGCAUACUGCCUAUAUGGCGCGCAACAUUAGCAAUGAACGGUUUGUAAAGGCAGUAACCAUGAAUUGUCAAAUGGUGCAUGUCCGGUGGCUCUAGUUAGCUGAAGAGGUCCCUUCCUGAAAUAAUGAAAGCGAUGCCCCCGCCUGUGGUGGCUGAGAUGGAGGAAGCCACACCUCAACACGCUGCUGGAGCAGUGAUGGAGAUUAACGGUUUGGGAGAAGACCAGAAGCGACGACAUCGUAACGGGAGGCUUGCUGUCCUUGAGGAAUUGAGAGAUGGCAUGACUCCCAUCGAGUUGGAAUUCAGCCUUCAAGACACUCCACCCAAGCGCCUGCAGCAUCAUUGCGGUAUACAUAGUCUACCAGGGGUUACAGCUAUCGCGCCGCCACCUUUUCCCAAGCACUUCAAAGCAGCACGGAAACGUUCAAGUGGCCGUACGGCAGUCCUCGCCCUUGCCGGUAAGCUCUGCGAUCUGGGUCGGGCCGUGGGACCCGCCGCCCGCAACACCGGGCGCCUCAUAGGCCGCCGCGUCAGCGGCGCUGUGGUAAUCGCAUUUCGUGCUGCCGGCGGAAGCUGUGCCACCGUCACCCUGGCAGCGAUCCGAGCCGUCAGCACCGCCGCCAGGCUGCCCGUACAUGUACUGCACGCUGCCGCCAGGGCUGGCGCGGCGGGGGCGGCGGCAGCGGCGGCGCAGCCUGUACGGCUGGGCCGCAUGCUGCGACGUAUUCCUGUACGUGUGGCGCUGAUGGCGCCGCUGCGGGCGGUUGUACGGCCGGUAAAGCUGGCGGCGGGGGCCGCUGGCGGAGGAGUGCAGUACGUCGUACGACGUGUGAAGGUACGGCGGCGGCAGGGUAGGUAUGGUGGUGGAGGCACAGCGACGACAGCUACGCCACCACCGCUGCCACCGGCGGCAGCGGCGGCAGCAGCCCAAGCAGCAGUCCCCGCAGCGGCAGCAGCAGCAGCAGUCGUAGCUGACGCAGCUGAGAUGGUGAUGCUACCGCUGCCGCCCCAGCCGCCAGUGCUGCAUGCCCGGAGCCUUAGGACAACUACGACAAAUUCCGUCACGGCCGGCCGUGACCGUACGACAACUGCAGCCACCCAACCGCUACCGUACAUCGCCGUCACCGCCACCCCCAUUCCGCCGCAGCUUAUGGGGCAGCUGUCGUCGUCUGCACCCUCCUCCUCAUUGCCGUCGAGUCGUACCCACUCAGUGAGCAGCAACCACCGCAACCGCCGCCAACCGACGCAACGGAUGCAGCGACGACCGCAGCCGCCGCGCAGCCUGAGGGGACGGUUGUUGUACGCGCCAGUUCGCAUGGCGGUUGUGGCGGUUGGGACGGUUGCGGCAGUAUUUCGGUACGGCGGUACGGCUCUGCUGUGUGCGUUUUUCCCGCGGAGCUGCCGGCUACUGGGCCUCGCCGCGCUCCUCUCCGGUCCCACUCUCCCCUUCCCCCUCCCCCUCCCACCACCUCCCUCUCCCCCACCCACCCCUCCUCCUGCCUCCCUCCUCCGUCUCUUUUCCACCCCCCUCUCCUUCCGCUACCCGCCAAACCCCCUCUUCUCCUCCUCCUCCUCCUUCUCCUGGGCAGCAGCCGCCGCCGCCCUGCUCUCCCCCCUCGCUCCCCUCCGCGGCCCCUUUGCGCUGUUCGCGGUGCUGCGGGCGGUGGGGCCGCUGCUGGCCCCCGCGGUGUGGCGCAGUGUGCUGUACUGGCAGCGCACGGUUCCCAUUGUGGCGCGCUACAUGUGGACGGGUGCGCGGGCUGGUGCGCUGCGUCGUGCGGGUCGGGAGGCGGCUGCGGGGGAGCUGUGGCAGGCGCAGCACGAGUGGGGCGCGGGGGCCAUCUUUGACAUGCUGGCGGACCUGAAGGGCUUCUACCUCAAACUGGGUCAGAUCCUGGCCAGCAAGACCGACAUGCUGGCCGCCCCCUACACCGCCUCCCUCUCCCGCCUGCUCGACCGCCUGCCCCCCGCGCCCUUCGCCGACGUUCGCCGCACCAUCCGGGCCGACCUGGGAGCUCCCCCCGAGCUGCUGUUCAAGGAGCUCGACCCCUUCCCGCUGGCCUCAGCUACCAUUGCGCAGGUCCACCGCGGGUUGCUACACGACGGGCGCCCGGUGGUGGUGAAGGUGGCGCACGCCUCCGCACGCGGCCGCAUGCGUGCCGACCUGGCCAACCUGGCGGCGCUGUCGCGGCUGGUGGCGGCGGCGGGGCUGCAGCUGGGAUUCGACCAUGGCUCGCUGGUGCGGGAGUACAACGAGCAGGUCCCCCUGGAAUUUGACUUCUCACGCGAGGCCGCCGUGUCCACCUCCAUCCGCGCCUCCCUGCAGCGCGCCUCGCGCCGCUUCCCCGCAUUGCGGCGGCUGGUGGUGCCGUCCUGCGUGGGCAGCCACAGCGGCGGGCGGGUGCUGUGUCAGGAGUACCUGGACGGGGUGCCGAUACUGGAUGUGGCGGGGAUGGAGCUGGCUGUACGACACGGGCUGAUGACGUCACUCAUCCUGGCGUACGGCGUGAUGAUCCUGCAGGACGGCCUGUUCCACAGCGACCCCCACCCCGGCAACCUGCUGGCCAUGCGGAGGAGGCGACCCUCCGUGGAAGAUGAUGAUGCCUCCACCACUGACGGCGCCACCGCCACCGCCGCCGCCACUGCUGGUGCUGGUGCUGGUGCUGGUGCUGGUGCUGGUGCUGGUGCUGGUGCUGGUGCUGGUGCUGGUGCUGGUGCUGGUGCUGGUGCUGGUGCUGUUCCCACCGGCAGCAUGCCUGCCACCGGCGCUACCACCCCCACCGGCCCCCCCGCCUCCGCCGCCGGCCCCCCCAGCAGCGCCCCGCCCAGCGGCCGCUCCUCGCUGCAGUCGGCCGCCUCGUGCGACACGGAGGACCUGCAGGUGGCGCUGCUGGACUUUGGGCAGUCCAAGCAGCUGAGUGCCGCCACGCGGGCCCGAUAUGCGCUGCUGGUGGCGGCGAUGGCGGUCCGCGACGACGAGCUGGUCCUAGCCGUGUGCUCCGAGCUGGGUCUGGUGGUGGAGGGCUGCUCGCCCGGCUUCGCGGCCACCGCCGCCUACAUCCUGUUCGACACACGCAUGGACAUGCCGGAAGCGCACAUGGGGCCGCUGCACCCGGCCGCGCAUGAGUUCAGGACCGCCCGGGUGCCUCAUCUGCCCCAGGACCUGUUCAUGAUCAUGCGCGUGAUGACGCUGCUGCGGGGGCUGCUGAGCUCGCUGAGGCUGGACGUGUGUGCGGCGCAGCUGUGGAGGCCGCUAGCACUGCAGGUAUUGGCGGACCUGACACCCGUCUACCGAGGGCCCUUACCUGCGCUGGCGGCGGAGGCGGCUGGCGGAGGCGCCGCCGCCGCCGCUGCAGCAGACAUCGGUACGGCAGCUCUGCUGGCGGCGGACCUGGCGUCGGUUGCACUCCUGACGGACUGCAGCAGUCCGGCGGCGGUGGCGACAUCGGCAGUGGUGGUGGCGGCGGCGGCGCGACUGGGCCUUCCCACCGCCGCCGGCGUCACGGUUCCUGUUGCUGCGGGUGCUAUUGGCGGUGGUGCGUUGAGCAGCAGCGUUGGCUUGCCCUUGGCGGCAUUACCGUCCGCAACGGCAGCGGCGGCGGCGGGAACAGCCAGCGGCCGCAUUGUCGUACUGGACAAGGCGGCGGCGGAGGCGCAGCGGAAGGCAGAGCGAGCAGCGCGGGAGGCGGCGGAGGCGGAACGGCGGCGGCGGGAGCGUGAAGCAGCGGCGGCGGCGCGACGGGAGGAGGAGGCGCGGCGGCGGGCUGAGGUGGAGGCGGCGCAGCGGCGGCGGCGGGAGGAGCAGGAGGCGAAGGCGGCACGCCUACGAGCGGAGAGAGAGGCGGCGGAGGCGAGGCGGCGCGAGGAGCGAGCGGAACGGGAGGCACGCAAGCGUGCGGAGAUUGAGGCGAGUAAUGCGAGGCGGAAGGCUGAGCGAGAGGCGGCGGAGGCGCGGCGGAGGGAGGAAAAGGAGGCGGCGGAGGCGAGGCGUCGGCUGGCGGAGGCGGAACGCCAGCGGGCAAAAAGUACGGCAAAGGGGCGUCUGUCCAUGUCAAAGGAGACAAAGGCGGCGGCGGCGGAAGCAACAGCGCCUGUGACGCCGACGGGAGUAGAACCUCAAUCAGCCACGUCCGCACGUGAAAACAUUACCAACACGAGCGGCGGCGGCAGCGGCGGCGGCCGUAGUAGCGACGACGUCAACCGUCGGCCGAUAGCCGCCGGCGUCAUCCAUUCUCCCAUGCCUGUGCGACUCGGUCCGAUGCCGUCAAUGUACGGCAAUAUGGCGUCAUCUACAACAACCUCCUCAAGGCUUGCGCAGGCCAGCGGCGCCGCCGCCGCCAUCGCUGCAACGGCCGGCGCCGUACCGCAAUCUGCCAUGACGCAGCGGCAAGGCGUCGUACAACGGCCUUCGGCGGCGACGGCGGAUUCGGCGGUGCCGUCAGCGGCGGCAGUGGCGACGCUGCCUCCUCUGCCGCCGCCGUCGUCGUCAUCCGAUGCUCUAAGCCCUUCCGCUUCAAGCGGGAUCCCUGCCGCUGGCAACAACAACAACAGCCGCUUUGCACCGAUCACUCCUCAGCGGCCCGCCACCGUUACCGGCGGCGCGCACACCGGCGGCGCCGCCAUGAAUGGCGGCGCCGCUACCCUUGCCGUACACCAUGCCGGCGCUGCGGCCGCCUCCACCAACGGCGCCGCGCCGCCGACGGCGACGACGGCGGAGCAGCAGCCAGACGACGAGAUGGACGAGCUGACGGCGAGGCUGGUUGCUCGUACGUCAGAGCUCGCCGCCGCUGCGAAGGAGGCUCCGACUGGGCUGCUGGCACGCAUCUCCACGGAGCGCGCAUCACAGCAACCGCCGUCGUCACCUCGAGCUGCCGUACCAACGGCCACGUCAACGAACUACCUCGUACAACAACAGCAACCGCAGUUCCAACCGCUGCAACUGCAAGCGCAAGCACAGCAGAUGCAGCAGCUACAGAUGCUGCAGCAACAGCAAAUGCAAUUGCAAGUGCAGCCACGAAUGUUGCAGCAGCAGACAUCAGGACCGUUGGAUCCAACGUCUUCAGUGUCAACCCCCUCUUCAACCACCGUUCGGCAGUCGACGACACCGUUGCAGAUGCAGCAGCUGCAGCAGCUGCAGCAGUUACAACAGAUGCAGCAGCAAUUGCUACAGCUCCAGGGUACGGCAAACCGUUCUUCCCCACCGUCGCCUACAUCCCAAAACCCACAACAACAGCAACUAGCGCAGCAGCAGCCAAACGGGGUCACGGAUCUCGUGGCACAGGCACGUGCUCUGCUGGAGCACACCCGUAAGACCAUCCCCGCACCCGCAACCGCAACCGCCAACCCCACCGCACCCGCAUUCCUGCUACCACCCUCAUCGUCAGCCCCCGCACCGCUACAGCCCUCAGCGUCAGGAUCAGGCCCGGCGGCGGCGCCGGCGGUAACAGCAGUAGCAACGCCAAUGCCGGCGACUGCUGCCGCCGCUGCUACCAGUAAUGUUACCGGCUCAGCCCCGUCCGUGACCAUGCCCAUGCCCCCACAGCCCCUUCCCCAGGCGUCCGCCACCGCCUCCUUUACCACCACCUCCCAGCCCGCCUCCUCGCAUACCAGCUCCAAGCACCACCACCGCCGAGGGCACCACCACAGCGGCAGCAGCAGCCACCACGGCAGCCACCACGGAAGUCAUCAUGGAAAUCAUCAUGGCAGCACAUCCACGUCCAUGUUCAUCCCGCCGUCUGUGCUAGCAGCCAUUCGUACCACCGGUGGAAGCGGCAGUGUAAGCGGCGGAGGUAGCGGAGGGGGCAGCGGAGGCGGAGGCGGAGGCAGUGGAGGCGGAGCCGCACCCUCCGCCACCGCUGCUGCUGGAGCCACGGUGGCACCCAGCCCUGCCUCUGCAACCGCAGCUCGGAACCCCGUGUCUGCAGCCUACACCCAUGUCGGCGGCAACAACGCUAGCAGCAGCAACAACAACGGCUCGACCAUCGGUAACACUGUAGGUGUAAUAAGUCCUAUCGGCACGCCGCCUUCCAACGCGUACCGCCCUCCCACGCUGCUGGAGAUUGAGCCCGUUGCCGCCGGCGGCGGCCCCGACGCUGCCGCCAAAAGCCAGCUGCCGCAACCUCCGUUGCCCCCAUUGCCUCCGCUGCCUCCGCAACCUCCGCCUGUUACACAACUCGGGGUUCCCCAAGCAGUUACGGAAUCAACCCUUUUGAGUCGAGCCAGCGCUAGCAGCACUUCCGUUGCGGCGCUUGGGAGCACGGUUGUUGAGAUGACACGUGUUGUUGGCGCCGCCGCAGCGGAGACGCCGUCGGCGGCGGCGGCGACGGCAGCGACGGAUGCGGUGCGUACGGCAGCUCCCACGCCGUCUGCGACAGUGGCGGCGGCGGCUACGGUGGUGGGUGCGACGGCUCAUUCCGGGCCGCACCGGACGGCAGACGGACUGCAGUCGACGGACGAGGACCAAGGCAUGUGGCUUGCGCGGAACCACCGCGACAGCCAGGGAUCAGCCAGCAUCUCCCAAGUCCCCACAUCGACGUCGCAACAACAGCAGCGGCUGCAGCAACCACAGCUACAGCAGCAGCAGCAGCAGCUUAUACCGGUACCUCCGCUGGCUACAGUAUCCGCAGCAUCAGGAAUUGCAACCCUCGCUGCAGCCGCCACAUCCGCUGCUGUUGUGAGCGCUUCUGCAAUUAGCGGCAGCAGCCGUGGUCCGAACCCGGAGGGUUUGCAGGGCGACUCGCACCAGCAGCAACAGCACCAGCCGCUCACACCGCGUCUGGAGAAUGUGCGUAAGGGGCUGUCGCGGAUUGGAAGGAAGAUCAUUGGAGGCCUCACAUCUUAAAGAGGCAUGUGUGAUUGGUGGCUGCGGCAGCCGCAGAGAGAGAGAGUUGCACGGCCUUCUAUACGUAUUGAAAAGGGGGUAAAGUUCAAACCCGGUGUGAGACUUGCGUUCCGGGAGAAAAAGGUUUUCCGGUGGUGUCGUGUGAAACAUCACGGGCUGAGUGACGCGAUGUGGGCGUUGCAGCAGAGAUGGGUUUAUCGUGGUUGCUAGGUUGAGAUCUUACUGUACGGCACCGUUUUGUAGCCAUGUCCAUGUGUUAUCUAUCACUCCCUUCCAAUCCCCGAUAAGUGUUAAAGUACCUGUACUGCUGUGCUGUAGGCUCCCCCGUGCCAGCAGCGCAUGUGACGUCUGCGGCGGGUGGUGUGAAGCAUGUAUAUGGUUACCUGAAAAAAAGGUUUGGGAUUUGCGAGACCCUUUAGUCGUUAUACCGGUAGUCGUUACUAAAUAAUUGCGGACGUUGUACGGUUGUACGGGUAAUGUCUGCCCCACUACCGCAUCCAUGACCCUUCCACAAGGUUUGGCACGCACGCCUGCAUAUGCACAUCUGCAGGGGAAACGUAAGCGUCGGGGGGGCGCUUUGUGUCUGAAAUGGCAUUCAUCAGACACCGGAGCAUACCUAAGCGGAUUUGUGAGAUCCGUUUCGAGGUGAAGGGUUUGGCCGAGGCCUUCUUUUAUGUGUGCUAGAAGGCCUCGCUUGCAUUGCAUGGGUUCGUUUCUUUUGGCAUGGCUGGCUGGGGCCUUUCCACAUUAAGGCAGCGCUGGCAGGUCUGCAGGCAGGAGGGGCAUGUCUGGACCGGGUUGCGUAUGUGUAAGCAGCCUUGGUAAAGCGGCAGGCGCCGCAAGUUCUUGCUUAGGAUGUGGCAGCGUUUGGGGAAAGUGAUGCAGGUUGUGAUUGCCGGGGCUAUCUCCCUCUUACACUAAUGUACCGGUACAUCAGUUGCUUGCUAUCGCCUUGGAUAGGGAUGUAGCAGUGUGGGGAUACACAGGUUUAAAGGGUUGCGUGGGAGGUGUAAAGGUGUUGCGGGUACCGUGUAGGGGUGAGGCUGAGUUCAGCCUGCAGGGUACCCUUGGUGGCUGGUUACCGAAAGGACAGGUCGGGAACUGAAGUGGCACCAGUUCUUUGUAUAGCAGUUUCCAGCACCUCGUCGGAUUCGUGGCACUCGUUGGCCUCGGGUGUCUUUCCCCAAGUUCAUUGGAUGGAACAGGCGGUCGCAAUUUUAUGCGCCAGGUUGGGUAAGUGCGCAAAUGGCCUGGUAGGGAUGUCUAACGCCGACCUUACCAAGCUUAUUUUGGCGCCAACUGUCUAAGGAGGUUGUGAGAGCGUGAGAGAAAUUCUAAAUGCAACUAAUGGGUCGCGUCUUCCUUCGUGUGCAAGUAAGGGUCGUCCACGUGGGCAGUUGUGAAGUGUGCGUUAUGCAAGCUCAGCUGUCGCAAGACCGUCAUUUCGCGUCAGCAAAGAUCACGUACGUUUGACGCUGUAACUUUCUGCCGUUGACGUGUUGCGGCGUCGUAGGUUGUUCCUGGUUUGCCUCGACCCUUGACCAGAGCGAGACGUCGACCGGUCAGUUGGACCGUCACUGUCUCCAAUAGCAAAACCAUGCUAACUCCUUGCUUUUGACAUUGUUCUUACCGGUAUAAGAUAAAGUCAUAGGCGUGUCCAGGUGUAAGACAGCCCGCGCCACAUCACGCCAACUAGGCUUUUUGAAAUUCAUCACGUGCGGACCUUCAUGGCAUCUACCUGACAAACCAAACUCGAAAAGCUCCUGAGCUACAAGCAAUAAUAUUCCUUCACAUCAGCAAUCUAAGAAGCCCUUAGUCUUAACACAGAAGUCACAUAGCUUGACGCUUUUGGUGAGGGGGAUAGCCCUACCUAACGCUCAUCAGAUUUUUUUGUCAGCAUGUGAAAAUGGCAGACGAAAUGCUUAAACUAGCAGGGCUGGGGCGCCUAGCCUCUGCACCUUUCAGCUCGAACCUUGCAGCGACGGUCCAUCCUGCGACGUGCUCACGCUGUUGCCUUAAGCCCACCUACAGGGCCACCGUUAUUUAGAAACACCUGUCUGACCCUGCCUCUAUGACACCGACGGACCAUUAACACCGAGCCCAUCCACUUACUGAAACACCUGAAAUGUCGACGCCUGUUAUCAUCCGCCACGAUGCGCCGCUAAGGAACACCAGCCAAGCAGGUCAUGGCCUUUAUGGGUCAUCGCCCAGCGGCUCUCUCCCGCCUUGCUCUCCCCCAGCAGCAUACUCUUACCACAGCCCGCUUGGCGUUGCGGGCGCGUCUCCGCCUUUCCGCGGGGGCUCCACAUCCGCUGCUGCCGACAAGGCCAACCCCUAUCUUGCAGCCAAGAAGUUCUGGAAGCGCCUUUGUUUCGAUCCGGCGCUUGAUCCAACCGAGUAUACGAUCGGCUUUAUCGAGACAGUGCAGCAGCCCGAACGCAAGUCGGGUGUGGAAGCAUGGAGCAUGCGCCUGCACGACCGGCUCGUUGAACUGCCGUACACCCAAUUCGUUGAAUACUUUUGUGGUGGCGGUGGCGGCGGCGGCAGCCUCCUUAGCCUCGGAUCGGGCCACGGCACUAGCGGCGGCAGCGGCCGUCAAAGCAGCGGAGGCAGCGGCGGCGGCGGUGGGGGCGAGGGCGCUGGUCCGUCGGGGCAGCUGCAGCCCCGUCAUGCCUCGCCCAGCGCUGGUGGUUGGGGCGGGGGCUUCCUGUCAACGAGUGAGGAGGCCGGCAGCGACGUGCCGUACCACAGGAUUGCGUACUACAAGCAUGGCGGGCUGGUUGUGUGGCGCCGUCUGAACGACCUGCCGCCGGCCCUCGGACUCCCCUCUGCUGCUGCUGCUGCACCGCACCCGCCACACCCCCCGCACCCACCUCACGGGGCGUCUGGCAGCAGCUCCUCCGAGGGUGCUGCUGUGCCCGCAGCCGGCACACCGCUUGGGGAGCGCAUGCGCCGCCGCGCCAGUCGCGAGGGCAUGCCGCCCCUGCCCCUGCCGCACCACAUGCUGUCCAGCAGCCCAGGUUCCUCGCUGCCCAUGUUUUUGUUUGGAGGCAGCAGUGCGGGAGGUGCCGGCGGAUCCAACGGGGGUGGGGGUGGGGGAAGUGGUGCCAGGGGUGGCAGCGGCGGAUCUGGCGUCGCGGGCAGGAGUCCGAAAGGCGCCAGCCCGCUCGCCAGCGAGGACGGAGGCGACGCCGAGGGUGCAGGCGACAGCGACCGGGACGGCGAUGACGACGAGGAGGCCGCUGAACUGCUGCUGCUGGAAGAGGAGGAGGAGGAAGACGAGGGCGGCGGCGGUGAGGAGGCUGCAGGGGCUGAGGAGGCAGGACGUACCUCAGCCGCCGCGGCGUCUCAGGGCCGGCGGUACCUGGUCUCUGAUGGCCUGUCCUCUGCUGCAUGGGGCGCAGCAGUCGGCGGGUUCGGAGGGUUGGGGCAGCAGCAGCGGCAGCAGCAGCAGGUGCAUCAGGGGGAGGAGGCGCCGGUGAUGCCCCAGCUGCCGGAGGAGUGCUGGAUGGAGAUGCUGCAGCAGCUGGGGGUGCGCGACGUGUGCAUGGUGGGCAGGACAUGCAGAUGGCUCCGCCAGCUGGCUGCCGACCCGGUCGUCUGGCGCAGUCAGUUUGAGUCGCUGUGGGGCCGCCCGCCCGAGCCGCACCUGGCCCCCGCGGUGGUGCGCCGCAUGUGCCGCCGCUCGCAGCUGCGGGCCGCCCGGUGGGUGGAGGCGGCGGUGAGGAGCACCCCGGGCAUGGGCUUCCCAAGCACCACUUGCCUGCAGAUGGACGACUCCAAGGUGGUGUCCGGCGACGGCAACGCGGUGCGCCUCUGGUCGCACGCCACCGGCCGCCGCAUCGCCACACUGCAGGGCCACCCGGGCCGCGUGACGGCGGUGGCAUUUGACGAGGCGCUGCUGGCGCACGCUGCGCGGCCACGAGGGCGCUGUGAGCAGCUGCUGCCUGCUGCCUACCGGCAUCCCGGUCAGCGGGUCGGAGGACGGGGUCAUGCGGCUGUGGGAUGUGAGCAGCGGGGCGGCGAUCGUGGGGCUGGAGGCGGGGCAGCCGGUGCGCGCCAUGCAGCCGCAUGCGCCCUCGGGUCACCUGGUGGUUGCUGCUGGCGGCGGCGUGCAGAUCUGGGACGUCUCAACCGCCACCCUGCUUCACACGCUGGGAACCAACCUGCCAGCAGCAGCAGCAGCAGGGGGGGAGCACCUGCCUGGGGAGCAUCACGUUGCAGCCGCCGGAGACAUGGGUGGGCAGCAGCAACAACAACAACAGCAUCCGUACACAUGCGUGUCGUACAUGGGGGAGUUGCUGGCGGCAGGUCGGCAGGGCGAGGUGGUGCUGAUGGACCCACGGGUCGGCAGCGCCGUCGGGAGGAUCUGCUGCAACGUCAGAAGCAGCGGUGGAGGCGGAGGAGGCGGAGCCGGUUUGUACGGCAACCAGCUGGGAGGCGGGGGCGCUUUCGCCAACGGUCUCGGCGCCAUUGCCGCCGCCGCAGCGGGUGGUUCACAUGGCGGAGGAGGCGGUUGUGGUGGCAGGGGCGCUCACUGCGUGGGUGUUCAAAUGGACGAGUGGAAGUUGGUGACUGGUUUCAACGACGGUAGCCACCAGCUGCAUGUGUACGACAUUCGGUCGCUGCCACAAGCGACGACGACGGCAGCAGCAGCAGCAGCGGGGACGACGGUAACCGCAGCAGCAGCUCCCCACAGCAACGGCAGCAGCAGCGCUAGCGGCGGUGGUGGUGGUGCUGCAUGGACGGGGUGUAGCGUGGUACGGCGGCCCUGGCAUGUGCCGUUGAUGACCCUUCAGGCACCCGCACGCAUCAAUGCCUUCCAGUUUCACGAGCAGGCGUUGCUGGCAGGAUUGGAGGGCAGCGAGUGCGUGGUUUGGCGGUUCGAGUCGCCGCACAUCGCGGGUGUGACGUCAGCAGGGCCGCCCAUGUCGCUGGCAGCGGGGGCGGCGGCCGGCGCGGCGGCACUCGCAGUGGGCGGUGCGGGCCGCUCGGGCGGCGCGGGGGGCAGCGGCGGAGGCGGUGGGGUGUCUAGCGGCGGCGGAGGCGGCGGCGCGGAAGGUGGCGGCGGGGAUGCGGCAGGCGGUGGUGGCAGGAAGGAGAAGAAGAAGCCGGCCAAGGUGGCUAAGAAGCAGACGCGCUACCCAAAGCGCAACACCAAGUGAGAUGUACCCUUCUGGCAUCUGCGAUUGGUCGUUAAACCCGCCUCGUUGUACUGCUUGUUGGAAGGAAUGUUGAGGCCGGCCCUCCGCGGUCGGCGUCGCUUGCGGCGGCAUUCGCACGUUUGUGGGUCCGAACCGUUGGUUGGUUGGUUGUGUGUGUCGGCUUGGCUUGACCCAUGGGUCAUUGCUGCAGCAGCAGGUAGCUUGUACAUCCUGUUGUUGGCAUUGGAAACAAGAGUUGAUGACGUUGGAGAACUUUCCCCACCUCCGCCUCGCGCGGGAAUGGCGGCCCUGGUUAAGGUUUUUUCGGCAGGGUCGCGUUGUCUGCAUGGAAGAGGAGGCUCGGGGCUUUAGCUGCAAAAGUACUGCGCUCUUCAGGUUUGCGAAGCGUGUGGGAAUCGUGUGGAAAUUAUCAACGUGGUUGCUAUCUAGAGAGAACUUGAACAUAGGUAGUGUGACCCUCAGGUGUGUGGGUUGUGAGCAGGCUUAGCAGAUAUCAAGAAGCGCGCCAUUUUGCGUGACAUGGGUUCGCAUGCGAGUCAUUUGCGGCAUGGGAAGCGCGCCAAGGCGGCUGGAUUAAGCACCUCUACGUUGGGUACGAAUUUAUCAGGGGAAGGCAACACCCUGCAAGGUAAAGGACAUGUGAAUG